UAAAAAUUUAACCAGAGCGGGCCCAAAUUCUGCCAACAUGAAGCUCCCAGCUACUGGAAAUCUUGCGCAGUCGUUUGCAGCAUUCUCAUGUGAUUCUGUGAGCAUCUCAUCAGCCUCUAGGGCGGCAGCUAGGGCGUCUCCUUUCCCUGUCUCUGUAAUAGUUCUUUCAGCAGACCUGUGGGGUCGAAUCCAGCAGCUAGAGGUCCCCUUUGAGUCUCAUGCCAAUGCCCCCAUUGAGCGUCAAUAGAAGGGGCGCAUUGGCAGCUUCUUCCUUUUUGUGAAAGUGGAAUGAUGGUCCGUGCUCUGUGCAGACGAGGUGGCUCCGUCGCUGGAGUUUUGCAAGGCUCUGUUAAGCUGCUCCCAACGCCAUCUGCUGACCCCACUUCCGACACAAUCGUGUCUGCUCACGCUUAUCGCUGGCCCGCACAGAAAGGGCUUCCAAAAGGUGGUGUAGUUUGCGGGCACGCAUACGGCAGCUGCAAGCUCUUUUCAGGCGUAAGAGGCACCUUUUUAGGCCCGAUGGAGACCACUGCAUUGCUCUCUACGGAUGGACUCAGGAGGACUCUGAUGGAGGGAAACAGUGCAGGGCGCCUGAGGCAAAGUGAGGGCGAGUCUGUGGUCUUGCGCGACGGCAGGCAGCUGGGUAACCUGAAAGUUGCUCGCAGUUUCCGAGUCGAUGCGCCGUCCUCGUUGGAUGGUGCGUCUGCUUUGGAUCAGGCGUUCGAGCCAGGGCAAGUGACGGGGCUCCAGACUUCAAGUUUAGAGCAAUCCAAGGAAGCGCCUGGUUCAGUGAUGGACAGAGCGGACGGGGCUGUGGGUUCAGAAAGUACAGAAAGUAGUAGGCUGUUAGGAAGGGCAUCGCACAUAGGCGCCUCAACUUCCACAGAAUCUUUCUCAUUGCUGACAGGGAACAACUCGUCUUCAGUCGAGAACGCUUCUCCUCUCAGAGUCAUCGACUCGGUUCUCGCCGAUUCUGUUCCAUUGCUUAAUCGGGACAUGGCCUCCCAGUCGGAGAGCAGCCCAACCUCACAGCUAGAUCGCCGGCGAUCUCAAACUCUCACCAACCGGAUUCUGAGGGGCGCCAUCGAGUUGAAAGCAGUGGUGUCCUCCUCGUCUCCGCUGGCCAAAACAAAAGAGUCCAAAAAGGAGCUCGCCGAGCAGCGAUCAAAGAAGCGGAAAGAGGGAACGAUCGAGUUCGCAACCGGGGAGCGAAGCUACUUAGAGUCUGUAAGUGCAGAGGACGUCGCACAGAGCCUUGAGAAACUAGAGGGGGGGGCCUUGACGGAGCUGAGGAUCGUAAACGAGGAUGCAUUUAAAGAGCAUAUGGCGUUCUUGAGGGACCCCGAGCAAAAGCAACGCGUCAGCACGUACCGGACGCUUGCCGGACGCAUCCUAUCUGAGUACUUAACCCGGUCCGAAACCCCGCCUACCCAGGCCACCAAACCCUCACCUAACCCGUCCCAAACCCGGUCCUUUAACCCCUCGGACCAGUCCCGAGCCCCAUCUAACGAGGCCGCCAAACCCUCCGAUCAUCAGUCCCUAUCCGCCCUUAACCAGACCCGAACCCCAUCUGACCAGCUCUUAACCCCAUCUAAGCAGGGACCCAAACCCACGGUCCAGUGCACCGAGUGCUGGCUCCCCCAGGAAAGCUGCAUGUGCCAAGAAGUGUUCAGAUUCAGCCGUCCGCUUUGGCCGGGAAUGCGCAUCUGGAUGCUGAUGCAUCCCAAGGAAUACCGACGGAAGAACAACACGGGGAAAGUGUUGUGGCAGCUGUUUGGAGAGGAGUCGGUACGGCUGUCAAUCUCGGGGCUGGAUAUUCUGGAGAACGAGAUGUGGGGCGAGUUUGCGGCGGCGGGCCCGGGCCGGGUGUUCCUGAUGUACCCUGAGAGGAAAGCGCAGGAGACGAUGGAGAUCUUCUACAUCGACACGCUGCCGUUGCCGUCCACAUCUCCCCACGCCUCUCCAAAUCCAACCAGCGGCGCUUGCGACACUCCCACCACCAACCCCGAAGCCCUUAUUCACACCCCCAGGGUCGCGUCUCCAUCCGGCAAAUCUCCUGCCUCACAAACACUGCGCGACAGCCCCCUCGAAGGCCCUGAAACCUCCCCCGCUCACAAUCCCCCCAAACUUUUUGUCAAUCUUCCAAACCGUCAACGAGCCCCUAGCGUCCAAAACCCUGAAGCCUCCCACACCCCCCAAACCUCCCAAACCCCCCCGGUUAGCGUCGUAAAUUCCCCUCCUGUGCACUUCGUCUUUCUGGACGGCACGUGGAACAACUCGACGGCGAUGCUGGUGCGGCUACAGGAGCAGGCGGAGCGCGUGUGGGGCCGCAAGAUGGCGUGCCUGUGCCUCACCCCGGACUCGCCGUCCAAGAUGCACAGCCUGCGGCCCCAGCCCGCGCUCGAAAAGGUCUGCACCGCCGCGGCGGCGAGCACGCUGCUGCGUGAGCUGAGCGAACGUCCGGAGCUGUCCGCAGCGGGCCUUUCGGACGCUGCGGACACGGUUGACCACGGGCUCGAAGUUUUGGUAAAGUUUCUGCAAGGCUGGCGUGCGCGGGUCGGACGUUCCCCCACGCGCGGUCCGAACCGGACGCCCGCCGAGAACUGGGUGCCGCGCGAGCGGAGCCGGUCGCGGAGCCCGGUGUCCGAGUGUCGAUAAUUGGGCUGCACUCAGAACUUACGAUGCAGAGAUGAUUUUGAGUAUGCAGACGCGAGGAGGUUGAUAAGGUGUGUUCGUACUUGAAGUGAUUCGUGUGACGCCGCCGAGCGACCAACAUGUAAGGGGGAACGGGAUCGAGUCCGAGGCGAAGUGAAGGAGCGGAUUUGUGGCCGUUGCCUAUCAUGUGGGGCCGAAGCCAUGCAAGGAGAGAAUUCUAUUGCUUGCGACCGUACUGAGGUUGGUCCGACUGGAGCCCGACCUUCACGCAGAGCUUGGGAAACGCAAACUACGAAAAGCACUCUCAAGUUGCGACCCAAUCUUUUGCGGUGCCAGGUAAAAGAACUGGAGUGUGCGAACGGAGGUCUCCUUUCUGGCAAAGACCGGGUUCGUGUGCAAACACGCAUGACGCUCGCCUGUAUGGUCAUGAGAGUAGCCUAGGUAUAGCAGUGACACCGUAUCUGUAGUGUCGCUCUAUCAAGCAAGCAGA